GGUUUUUAUAAAAGAAAUCGACGGUCACGUGAGGCGAAAUAACGAGUUCUACAGGUAUUACGUCACGUCACACUUGUUUUACAAAGCUCGCAUCGAUCUGUAGAACAGACUAAACGUAGGGGCGCGUACAGUACCGUACAAACGACAGCUAUAAAAUGAGCCGCAUGUCCAGCAGAGAGAGACUUGACAUGGACAACGAAAGAGGUACGUCGAAGGGGCUGAGCUUUAAGCAGAGGAAAGGUUGUUUUAUAGAACGAUGGGUGAUCGGAUUGUUAGCGUUGUUAGCGGUUUGUGUCGCCGUCGCCGUCGGAUUACUAGUCGGAUAUUUGGGUCCCUGUUCCGAAAAUUCUCCCCGAGAUUUGACUUACAUCGACAGACUGGAAGAUCCUAAAGCGGAGAAACUUAAUAAUGCAUCUUCCUUGUACGUUAUGCUUCCUCGUAGUAUCGUGCCGGAACACUACGUCGUCGAACUGAAACCUUACAUAUUUCCUCCCAACUUUACUUUCGACGGAAAGGUUUCUAUAAAUAUUAAAUGUUUGGAAGACACCGAUAACAUAACUCUGCACAUCAAUGACAUCGAGGUACGUAACGACACCGUUAAACUGGAAGGCGAAAGCGAUUUGCCGGAUAUCAGAAAUUUCGACAGGGACGACAAAAGGCAGUUUUUUAUAAUUAAAUUAGAUCGACCGUUAAAAAGUGGCAAAAAGUACACGAUUUCUAUGAAGUUCCGCGGAAAUCUAAACGAUCAACUAGCUGGAUUUUAUAGAAGUUCCUACGAAACUUCCACCGGAGAGAAAAGAUGGCUGGCUACUACUCAAUUCCAACCCACGGAUGCCAGGAGAGCUUUCCCUUGUUUCGACGAGCCCGCCAUGAAAGCCACUUUCGACGUGACUUUAGUCAAGCCGCAAAAUAUGACGGCCAUAUCGAAUAUGCCCGAAAGUAAAAAAGAAACUAGAGACGACGGUUGGGAAGCCGUUACAUUCCAAAGGACGGUACCCAUGUCGACGUAUUUGUUGGCUUUCAUCGUAUGCGACUAUAAAAGCAUCGCUUCUUCCAACAUGAAAGUUUGGACCAGAGAAGAAGCUUUAAAAACUGCCGAAUACGCUCUGAAGACCGGAUCUCUGAUAAUAAAAUAUUUUGACGAAUUUUUCAAUAUCUCGUACCCGCUUCCAAAAAUGGACAUGAUCUCCAUACCGGAUUUCAACGCCGGCGCCAUGGAAAAUUGGGGACUUAUCACCUUUAGAGAAACCGCUUUGCUCUACGACCCAAAAAUAUCUUCGGCCGGAAAUAAGCAGAGGGUAGCUUCGGUCAUCUCGCACGAAUUAGCUCAUCAGUGGUUCGGUAAUUUAGUCACGCCGAAAUGGUGGGACGAUCUUUGGUUGAACGAAGGAUUCGCGAGUUACGUGGAAAUUUUAGGCGUUCAAAAGUGUCACCCCGAUUGGGAAAUGAAUCAACAAUUCGUGGUGGACGACCUGCAAGAAGUAUUCGAAUUAGAUUCGUUAAAAACAUCCCACCCCAUAUCCGUUCCCGUUAAUAAUCCCGACGAAAUUAACGAAAUUUUCGAUAGCAUUUCGUACGGAAAGGGAGCGAGUAUUAUCAGAAUGAUGAAUUACUUUCUAGGAGACGACACUUUCAGAAGAGGACUAACGAAUUAUCUGCGUAAUAAAUCUUACGACAACGCCGUUCAAGACGAUUUGUGGAAGUUUCUAACGGACGCUCAAAAUGUCCCGAAAGAAGAGAAAGUCGACGUCAAGUCCGUCAUGGACUCGUGGACGUUACAGACAGGUUAUCCCGUAGUAACUUUGACCCGCGACUACCACGCGGCUACGGCCACCGUCACUCAAACGCGCUUUUUGCUGAAUGCCACCGACUUCGCACAAAGAUAUUUUUGGGAGAUUCCGGUGACUUAUACGGACGGAAGCGAUCCCAAUUGGAGCACGGAAACUAAAUUAUGGUUACAUAAGAAUAAUGGGAGCAUUAGUAACUUACCGUCCGACCGACAUUGGGUGAUAUUAAACGUUCAACAAGUGGGUUACUAUCGCGCGAAUUACGACCUACGCAAUUGGAAAUUGUUAAUCGACCAAUUACAGAACGACCAUUCCGUAAUACACGUCAUAAACAGAGCGCAGAUUCUGGACGAUGCCCUCGAUCUCGCCAAAGCCGGUAUCCUGGAUUACGGUUUGGCUCUAAAUACCACGCUAUACUUAUCUAAAGAACGAGAAUACGUUCCUUGGGAGGCGGCCCUCAACGCCUUUAGUUAUUUAGAUACCAUGCUGAGCCGUACCGCCAUGUUAGGAAAAUGGAAGAAAUACAUCAAAAGACAACUGGAACCGGUGUACGAUUUCCUGGGAUGGGAGGAAGACAUAAACAACGAAUCCGUAUUAAAACAAUACUUAAGAAUAAAUGUCAUUGCUUGGAUGUGUAAGUAUAACCAUCCUCAUUGCGUGGAAGAAGCCAAGAAAAGGUAUAAAAUGUGGCAGAACGACCCCAACAACACAGACACCAUACCGCCGAAUUUCCGUAGUAUCGUUUAUUGCACGGCGAUUAAAAACGGGGAAGAAGAAGAAUGGGAAUUCGGAUGGCAACAAUACAGAAAGGCCAAAAUAGCGUCGGAAAAGGAUAAAAUAAUGAAAGCUUUGGCCUGCAGCAGGACACCGUGGUUGUUAUCCAGAUAUCUGGACUGGUCUCUGGACGCAAAAUCUGGCAUCAGAAAACAAGAUGGAAGUUACGCCUUUAGAGCGGUGGCUAAUAACGAAUACGGUCGUGACAUCGCAUUUAACUACUUCAGAGAUAAAUGGAACAAAGUGUUCAAGAUUUACGGCAAGUCAUUUUUCGCCUUCAGAAACUUGGUAAUCGCAAUCACGUCGUCGCUAAAUACGCAAUUCGGACUCGAUCAGCUGAAAAGUUUUUAUAACGACCACAAAGGCGAUCUGGGAACCGCCAAUCGCGCGUUUAAACAAUCGUUAGAAACGGCAGAAGCCAACGUUAUUUGGAUGUCCAAAUAUUACGAAACUAUCAAAAAUUGGUUAGAAAAAGUGGUUUAGCCGCGAAAUUCAUCAAAUACUUUGUAAAUAAUCGGAAAGUACGCAUGGCGGGAAAGAACGGUAUUUUUUAAAUACCGAGUAAUCGAGACUACGAAAGCCGAUCAUUUUUGCAAAUCUUGCGGAAACUUUCAGUUCUAUUAAUAGUCGGGUGACGAGUACCGACGUUCACUUAUAGUGUUUCAUCAUCAUUUUUAAAACAAAAUACCGUAUAACGUGACUUGGAAAAAUUCACCAUUUUAAAGUAAUUCUUACCAAGCGACGACCGGACUGGGGUCGAAAAGAAGAAGAAAAACCAACACCCGCUAUUAAACUUGAUACGUACAUUUUAAAUAAUCAAUAAAUACAAAUUUCAAAAUAUAAA